AUGGCAGCUCUUCAACCUAGCCUGGAUGCAGCAAGCACUAAGGACAGACUCAAGGGGCGGGUAGCUAUAGUCACAGGGGGUGCCAGUGGUAUAGGCAGUGCAUGUGUGCGACGAUUCUUGAAUGACGGAGCACUUGUUGCCUUCUUCGACAUCGACCAAGCUGCCGGGAAACAGUUGGAGGCUGAGCUCCAGGCGGCUGGCUUUGAGACGAAAUUUUACCAGGUCGACGUUUCUGACCGAGAGGCGUGCUUCAAGGCCGUUAGCCACGUAGCUAGCCAGUACGGUGGCUGCAUCAACUUUCUUGUGAACUGUGCUGCGGUAUUCAUGUAUAAAGCUCUAGAUGCCGACACGUCCGACUGGGCACAAGUCAUGAGUGUGAAUGUGGCUGGAUACUCGAAUAUGGUACAGGCCUGCUUUCCUCACAUGAAGACAGCCGAACCUGACGCCAGAUCAGUCGUCAAUAUAGCCAGCAUCUUCGCCCACGUGUCAUCGGCCAGUAAGUGGACGUACUGUACCAGUAAAGGUGCCGUGCUGGAGCUGACCCGGUGUAUGGCACUGGACUUGGCCAAAGAUGACAUACGGGUGAACUCCGUGUCACCGGGAUCCAUAAAUACGGCAGCGGUCGCAAAAUUUUUCGCAGGCGAUGAAGACCAAAAGAAGUGGUUCGAGGGAUGUCACAUGAUGAACCGUCUCGGCGAAAGCGCAGAAGUUGCCGCCGCCAUUGUCUUCCUCUGCAGCAAAGACGCAUCCUUCAUCACUGGCGCUGAUCUCUCGGUAGAUGGCGGGUACGCAGCAGUAGGCCCUGAAAGGCAUGGGAAAGAUGGAGCCAAGUUUACUGGCACGAUCCCAAAGUAGAUGCUGCACCUGUCCUUCACUUAGAACUGAGCAAAGUUUAACUGGUCCGAAUGGUUCCUACCAUGUGCCCAUUGCCCUUCCAUUUUAGAAAAUAGGGGAGGACCAUCUCGCGACACCACGAAAUUAAAUCGUUCGUAGAAAAAUGAAUAGAAAAUCGCCAAUAAAAUAACUGGUCCUUCUAUGUUUAAUGCCUUACAUAAUGCAUGGUUUAAAUAAUGCAAUGCAGAAUAACAAGAUACAGUACGAAAAGCAAUGCCUUAUUGGUUGUAAAGGUAUAUAUGGAGA